AUACGUGUACAACCAGGUGGUGAGCGUGCUGACACUGACGCAGCUGACGCGCGUGUUCGAGCAGAGAGGCAAUUUCGACCUGCGUCGCCUGUUGGCCGGCUCUGAGCGACUCAUCGACCACCUGCUCCACUUCACAGAGACCCAACCCGGCUUCCUCCUUGGUGCCGUCAAGUGCCUUCCUAUGUCCAGCUCUACCCGCGACCUCAUCAGUCAGACCAUCGUCAACUCUUGUGCCAAAAUAAAGAAUUUAGUGUUUGCAAUAUUAAUAGCUGACAACAAAUUGAUAACAGUUGUGAAAAUGAAGAAGUACAAUCUGCAUCCCGCCGACCUGCACAUAAUUUUCAAUAUGGUCAACUCCUCAGAAUCUUUCAAGCCCGCUGAAAGUUGGACACCUAUUUGCUUACCAACUUUUGAUGCCAGCGCUUACAUGCAUGGGCAUGUUUCAUAUCUUUCUGAAGAUUGUGAGGCCUGCCUACUACUUCUAAGCAUCGAUCGCGACAUGUUUUUCAACCUGUCAGAAGCCAAACAGACCAUUGUCGAUAAACUGCGAAGAAACAAUAGUUUAGAAGCUAUCAAUGAAGCUCUGCAUAAACCGUCGAUUUCUGCUUCCGAUCUGAACAUUGCUAAUGUAUGGCAUUUCCUGUACAAGUACAACAGUGUCGCCCAGUUCUGGGGACCGAAACUAGAAGCGCCCUACGCCAAGAAGGAGGAACAAGAAAGACUCUUGCAUCUCUAUGAGAAGCUGCAUUCAACAGUACACAAGUCUGGCAGAACGUUGAAAUUAGUUUUUCAGCAGUUGCAAACCGAAACUAUGCUAGGAUGGUAUACAAUAUUUUUGCUGAUACCAGUAGGUCUAUGUGAUGUAAUAAUAUGUACGCAGCUAGAGCUUGGUCGAGACGGCAGUGUUGUUUUGUGCUCUCUUAUCUUCGAUAAUGAUUAUCGCUUAGUUUCGCCCUAUGGACUACUGACGGCUUGAGCUUUCCAGCCUAUUUGUAACGUCUGGGUUUGAACUGUAUGUGACGUUUGAUCCAUUAGUGACAAAGAAAAGUGCAAUCAAUGCUAUCAACAAAUUGCUCAACUGGAUGAAAAAGGAAGAGGACAGAUUUUUCAUACUCAAUACUUUCAAUUUUUAGAAUUAAGUCUUCAAGUGUAUUAUAAAUUCUGUAUUAUGUGAAAUAGAUAUAAUAAUUAUAAGUAUA